AUGCAAACCGCCGAUGCCUCGAGUAUCUCCAACCGCUUGAUGCAUUCCAAAUUCUCUUCCCUGAACGCGGACAAUACCGGGUUCUCCCACGGCGCGUACAAUUCCAAUAUCCCAGUACAGGGUUUCGCGGAUCGGAACGCUCGUCGUCCCAACAUCCCUCACAUCAAUACCUCUAAUCCGGCCUCGAACCUCUCGGACAGCAUGGCAAACUCCGGCACGGCAUUCGACAUGAACUUCACGCCUCUCCUCCCUUCCCAGCUUCUGCUUGGCAGUCCAUUCCAGCCUGGGACUCCCUCCGCCUUCGCUUCGCCGCAGUUCGCUAAUUUCGGUGGUUUCUCCCAAGCCAAUGCCUCUGCACAUGCACAGAAUCAUCAAACCCAGUUGGGAAGCCCAACACAGGCCACACCGAACGCCGGUUUGUAUUCGGGAAUGAUGUCAACCGACGGCUUGGGGAACUCUCACUUGUUGAACGGCCCGCAAUCUCCAAUUGGUGGUCUGGGAGGCCUUGGUAAUGCGGCAUUUGGAAGUCCCGCAGCGGCCGUAACCCCUGGCCUCCUCUCAGGCACGAGCCGGACCGUGUACCUGGGCAACAUUCCUGCAGAAACCUCCGCGGAGGAGAUUCUCAACCAUGUACGUAGUGGACAGAUUGAGUCGGUUCGCUUGCUUCCAGACAAGAACUGUGCCUUUAUCUCCUUCCUGGACAGCAACUCGGCGACCCACUUUCAUUCGGAUGCUAUCCUGAAGAAGCUGGCCAUCAAGGGCAACGACAUAAAGGUGGGAUGGGGCAAGCCGUCCCAGGUCCCAACCUCGGUCGCGCUGGCGGUUCAGCAAUCGGGUGCCUCGCGCAAUGUAUAUCUGGGCAACCUUCCCGAAGAGUUGACGGAAGAUGAGCUGCGCGAGGAACUCGGUAAAUUCGGGCCGAUUGACACCGUCAAGAUCGUGAGGGAAAAAGCAAUUGGGUUUGUACACUUUUUGUCGAUCAGCAACGCAAUCAAGGCCGUUUCCCAGUUACCCCAAGAAGCCAAAUGGCAGGCGCCGAGACGCGUCUUCUAUGGUAAGGAUCGCUGUGCGUACGUAUCCAAGACACAACAGCAAAAUGCGGCGCAAUUCUUGGGUAUCGCGCCCGGCUAUGCGCAUAUUCUGAACUCCGCAGACCGCGAUCUGAUCACCAACGCUCUCGCUCAGCAGUCCGUCGCUGCGGCUGCCGUGGCUACCUCAGCCGGAGGCGUCAACAAUUUGGGGAACCGGACCAUCUACUUAGGCAACAUCCACCCAGAAACCACCAUCGAGGAGAUUUGCAACGUGGUCCGGGGCGGACUGCUGCACCAUAUCCGAUACAUCCCCGACAAGCACAUCUGCUUCGUGACUUUCAUCGAUCCAACCUCUGCUGCCUCCUUCUACGCGCUAAGCAACCUACAGGGUCUGAUGAUCCACAACCGUCGUUUGAAGAUUGGCUGGGGCAAGCAUUCUGGUCCUCUACCUCCCGCCAUUGCACUGGCAGUGAGUGGCGGGGCUUCCCGCAAUGUUUAUGUCGGCAACCUCGACGAGACGUGGACAGAGGAACGCCUCCGCCAGGACUUUUCCGAGUACGGCGAGAUUGAGUUGGUGAACACGUUGCGGGAGAAGAGCUGCGCUUUUGUCAACUUUACCAACAUUGCCAAUGCGAUUAAAGCAAUUGAGGGGAUGCGCAACCGCGAGGAGUACAAGCGAUUCAAGAUCAACUUUGGCAAGGAUCGCUGCGGCAACCCCCCGCGUCAGACUGGCAAUGGUGGACAGCAUAGCCGGAACGGAGCUGGUCUCGAGGGAGCGCAGUCUCCGCCUCCUGUACUUAACGGCUUUCAACCAAAUCUGAGCCAAUCUGGCUCCCAGUCGAGUCCCACUCGCCAUGCUCUGUCACCUGCUCCCGGCUCGACUGGCUCUCAGAACGGACACCAGCAGAACCGUCACCCUCUGCAAACCGUGUCCUCGCCAUCCGGUAUCCUGAACGUGGGCGCCAACAACCCGCUGACUAUGUACCUGAACCAAAUGUCCGCUCAGCAACAGGCUCAGGAGCAGGAGAACCGACUGAAUGACCCGAUGGCUCUGGCCGCCCUUCAAUCGCAAUCGCAAUCCCAGGCCCAACAACAGUCGUACUACAACGCUACCAGCAGCAGCGACCUCACGAACGGAAGCAUCGAGGCCCCCAUGCACCAACACAAGCCCUCGAGUGGUUAUUUGAACGUGACCAAUGGCUCCUCAGGGCCAAGUCAUCACGCAACCGCCAGCACCAGCAGUUUGAGUGUGCCUCGUGCGCAGCAUUCUCGCACCGUGAGCUUACCCUCGUUUUCCCAGGAGCCCUUUGGCCCUGUCUCGAGCCAGCCCGGCCAUGGCCGCUCAGGUGUCGCUCACCAGCCCCAAGCAAGUUUCUCCAGCUUCUCCUCGGCCCUGGGAGGACUGAAUCACGCGGGAUUUGGGCUGGCUAUUCAAAACGAGUCUUCUCUGCCCGGCUGGGCUGAAGAGGAAAUCGGUGCAAAAUAA